AUGUCAUGUGGACUCCGUGUUCUCAAAGACAAAAAGAGCGAUGACGUUUCAGAUACAAAAGGUUUGAUUAAUUUGAAGAUGAUGAUUUGGGGAACAGGUGCAACAAAGUUAGCCUCUCGUCGUAUAAAUGUCAACGAAGUUGAAGUAUUGGAACUGUUGACUCUGUUCGUUCGUAAUGAAAUUCGGUUUCGUGGUGCUUGUUCAUGCGUUUUGGUUGGGCCUUUCGGCUUGCAUACAGAUUUGUCGGUAUAUUUAUCUAUCGCGGUUGAAUCAGAGAAGAUGGAGGCACAUCAUUCUGAACAUUUAUUCAGGUCUUUUCUAACCGCACUUUAUGUUCUUCAGUCUUCCUCGUCUGGACUUUAA